AUGUCCGAGCCAUACAGUGAUGUCGAAGCAGCACAUGAACCAAAGAAGAAGUCUUGCUGGGAAAAGACAAAGAUUGUUGGUAACACAAUCCUAGUCAUUUGUGUUGUUUUGAACUUGAUCGUACUUCUGAUCUUGUUCUACAAACUCAACAGAGGUUAUUGUCUCAAGUAA